AUGCUUGUUGCUCAGCUGUGUCCGACUCUUUGUGAAUCCACAGACUGUGGCCCACCAGGCUCCUCUGUCCAUGGCAUUCUCCAGGCAAGAAUACUAGAGUGGGUUGCCAUAACCUCCUGGCAGGGAAUCGAACCCAAGUCUCUUGUGUAUCCUGUAUUGCAGGCGGAUUGUCUACCUGCUGAACCAUCUUGGCCUAUUGGUCUCAACCAAAUCACAGAAGAAAGGACUCACUCUGUAUCAUUUACCAGCUGGACAAGUUUCUCACUGUCCUCGGGUCUCAGUGUUCUCAUCUAUAUAACAGGAUGA